AACUCGGCUCGACUUUGGCUUCAUUGUGCGUUGGCUUUUUGGUCAAAACAGUUGGGAGACACAGAGCCAUGCAGCUGAUCUAUCGCGAACUUGAGGCGGACAUACUCCGACGCACUAAUGCCGUCUUUCCGGUUCAAAAUUGCUUUGUUGAGGUGCUCCCAGACCAGUUGAUCAUUCCCAGGAAGUACGUGGAGCUGGGCGAAUCAAUCCGAUCGCUUCCCGUUUACCAGGACGAUGUGUGGAUGGUGUCCUAUCCACGAACUGGAUCGACGUGGGCCCAGGAGAUGGUCUGGCUGCUGGGUCACAAGUUGGAUUAUGCGGCCGCUGAGCAGGAUUUGAGAUUGCGAUCCCCACUCAUUGAACUAUCCGCUUUGUUUAGCACCGAUCAUCACGAGACGGUGGCCCAAAAGUUUGGAAACACCGUGGACCUGGUUCGCAAUCUGCCACGCCCGCGUUUUGCACGCUCCCACUUAUCCUGGCAAUUAUUACCCGAGCAAUUUGAGUCGGUGCAGCCGAGGAUCGUGUACACUGCUCGAAAUCCCAAGGAUCUCUGCGUCUCGUACUUUCACUACUGCAAGUUGCUGCACGGCAUCAAUGGGGACUUUGAGCAGUUUGUGGAUCUCUUUCUGGAGGGACACACUCCGAUGGGAUCCUAUUGGAAGCACGUGCUGCCCUUUUGGAAACGGUGUCAGGACGAGAAUGUGCUGUUCAUCAAGUACGAGGACAUGGUCAAGGAUCUGCCCAGUGUGGUUCGUCGCAGUGCAAGAUUCCUGGGAGUCGAGAACCUCCUCGAUGUGAGCAGUUUGCAGAAACUAUGCAAUCACCUCACAUUCGACAAGAUGCGGGCGAACAAGGCGGUGAAUCUGGAGAAGGUGCUUCCGGAUUCAUCUUCCAAGUUUAUUCGGAAUGGCAAAAUCGGGGACUGGCGCAAUCACAUGAGCAAUGAGAUGUCGGAACGCUUUGAUGAAUGGAGCGAGAAGCAUAUUCGUGGUGCUGGACUAACCUUUGACUGCGAGUGAAGAAACCUCUUGCUGAUAAUACUCUUUGAUAGUAUUAGCAUUUAAUUAACCCACUGUUAUUGGCCUGUAAUUGGAAAAAUAUGUGACUCAUUUAUGGAGACCAUAAGUAAUGACAACCAAGCUUUUUGGUUACGCAUAAGCUACAUACACGCUAUAUUUUUAGUUGACAGUUUUGUAGAUUCUUUAUCAAUGGUCAGAACUGUUUGUUUCUUAUCAACUCUCGUAUAAACAUACAUAUAUUCUUUAAAGUUAUGGAGGUUUCUGAGAAAAGCUGAGACCGUCAGUCUUUCUUAAGCUGCGCUCGCGAACAAUACAACUUCAAGUAUAUUAAUGUUUCCGUUGUUCGCCACUCUUAUCAAAAGAAAAUAAUUAAAAAUAUAAGCUAGUAUAUUAUUACUAGCUAGUAUAAUUAUUGUAUAUAACAAAUUUGGACAUUUUUUCUCAUUAAAAUAUUAAUCUUAUUUUAUACCAAUAAAA